GUUAUUUUUUCGAUCGGCGGGUUAGAGCAACUGAAGGUCAUCCUAUUAGUCGCUCAGGUCAGAUCUGAGACUCAGGUUUGUGUGGUAAGGACAUAACACCUACAGCCUAUGUUAGUGCUUUUCUAGAAAGCUGCUGAGAGUGUCUAGUCUUCCUUCGGACGAAUCAUUUGAAGAGGUGGAUACCACUUUGGGUAACAGGUCCCGAAAAUUGAUGGACUUCCACGGGCCUUAGUGCGAUGCGAAGACAUGGAGAUCAAGACUUCUCGCCCCCGUCGAAGCGACACAGAGAUCGAUCAGGAUAUUCAGAGAGACAUCGAUCGGUAUCUCGAAGCUCUCCUAGUUCGAGGUCUAAGUAUUCUCUCUCAAAUAGACAUUCUUCAAGACCGAAGAAUUCGGAAGGAAGAACUCAUGGGUUAGAUCAUUCUAGAACUAUAUGUGUAAGAAACAUUUCAUCUAAGUUGAGUGCUGAUGUUGUUGAACAAUGUGUGUACCGGGAACUAGGAAAGUAUGGAGACCUUUCUAUCAAUGUUGGGCAUUUGGGUGGCGAACGCGUCGCUCUGGUUACAUAUCAAUAUUCUGAAGACGCACAAGAAGCUCUUUGUGAUAGCCCAAUAAUUUACAUACUUGAUCGUCCUGCAAAUGUUACCUCAUUAAUUGAUAUUUCUAGUGAAGGUGAUACGCGUAAAGUAAUUGCCAGCAAAAAACGUCAAGAAGGAAUGGAAGCCGAAGAUAUUAAUGACCGACGACAUCUUAUGCACAAUAUUCCCGGCAAAGUAGAGUCCGCUUUUCCUGAUUUUUUACCUAAACCAACUCCACUAGGUCCAUCAGGUACUACAAGCCUACUUGGUAUGCCUGGAAUGGCAUCUUCUGCCAUGAUGGCUGCUGCUGCAAAGGCUCUUGGUCUGAAUGCUGUCCCUGGGGUGUUACCACCUGCACAGUUAAAUGCAAUCACUUCUCACAAUCGCUUUGGCUCUGCAAACCUUCGACACUAUGAACAUAACAGAAGUGGAUUCUCUCCUGGAGCAUCUGAUUCAGAAAAGGAGUCAAAAGCCACAAGGACUUUGUUUGUUGGAAGUUUAGAACCAGACAUAACGGAAAAAGAGGUACUCUCAGCUUUUGAGAGGUAUGGUUAUGUUGAACAAAUUGAUAUUAAGCGUUCUCCGAAACCUGGUGCCCAUUCUUAUGCAUUUGUACGCUUUCAGAAUGUUGAUAUGGCCAGUCGUGCAAAAAUGUCCAUGUCUGGUCGUUUUAUUAGAUCCUUACAUUGCAAGAUAGGCUAUGGUAAAGCGAUUCCAUCGCACUGUCUGUAUAUUGGUGGAUUAGAAUCUUGGCCUUCCGCUGAUUCACUGCAGCGUAUGCUUUCUCGUUUUGGACAACUAACUUAUCUUGACUGGUCCCCUAGACGUAAAUAUGCAAUCGCCAUUUAUGACAGCUGUGAAUCAGCACUCGAAGCUAAUAGACAAUUAAAAAGUCUCUCAGCAACCAGUCGUCCAAAUUUAAGACUUCGUGUAGAUUUUAUAAACCCGGAAUUAAUCCAGCCAAAGCCACAGAUUUUAAACAAGACGGACUCUAACAUGGAAAGUGACAGUCAGGACAAUCAAAUGUCAGAAUCACGAAAUGCUAUAAUUAGGUCUGAUACUGGAAUUCCUAUAACUGCAAAUAACUAUCGUAUUCGAACAAAUGAACAUUUUGAUGGAGGGCCGUACACGAUGAACCAGUAUUGCAUAGAGGAUCACGCCGGUGAUAAAAAUCUCACUAAUGUACGACACAUACCUUAUGCAAAACCAUCUUUUCAUAUAUCUAAUCGGUAUCACACAUAUAAUCGGAACACACCUCGCUACUCGGACAACCACGGUAUACUCAGUCCAGUAGAAGAUAUUCCAUGUAACCUGAAAUCAAUCGUCACUCUCCAAGAACUAGACCAGCAUCUACAACCGGAUUUAUGGAAAGGAAAGUUCUUAUUAAAAAAUAACCAUUUUUAUUUUCGUUGUUUGAUGUUAAUAGGUAAUAAAGAUAUCAGUCAAGACUUACUGGAUUAUAGAGACAAUAACAGUAAUUCCGAACGACUAUGUAGUCCGACUUUACGUAUUUCACGCCGAGGCACUCUUGAUGCUUCAUGGAUGGCUGAAGCCACGCAUCGUAUUCAUAAUGUACUAUCCACAGCUCGUCAUAAUUUAUGCCUCAUGCUAAUAUUACCCGAUAUGGAGCAAACUAAUAAGUAUCUGGACAAGGAAUCUAAACUGAAUAAUCAGUCGAAUACUGAAAGUACGGAUGUAAAAACAACAAUAAGUCAUUGUUUUUCACUACACGCUUUAAUUGCUUAUUUAAAAUUAAAACAAUCAGCUGGUAUAAUCUGUCCAAAUGAAGAAAAAGUACUACAAGAACCAUUGAAUACUAGUUCCGAGAAAACAACUACAACACGACGUUCAUCUUUGAUAGUAUAUUUAUUUGCACCAAGCAGUUUUGCAUUAAGUUUACUAAAACAAGCAGCACCUUGCUUAAGUUCAGACUUGGCAACAACAAGUGAUUAUAUGAUUCUUUUAGCAUUAAAGCGGUAAUAUAAAAAACCCCUUUGAUCUAGGCAAAAAACAACACACUUUGAUUUCUUAUUUUCUUUAUUUUGUACAAAUUUAUAUGUAUGUAAGCAUUUUUCUUUAAUUCACUUGUUUAUUUAUAUUGCUAUUCAGUUCGAAAUUAAAACAAAUCGUUUCUGUGAAUCAUAAUCCUAUAAUGUUGUAUAUGUAACAAUUUGGUAUGUUUUGUCUUUUUCGGUUAAAACCAAAUCGAAAAUAACGCUUAGAUAUUGGUGUUCAAAAUUCUUUAUAACAACUUUAAUAAAAAGAAUUAAGGUUUUGACAAACGGACACAACUUUAAAUUUAAACAACCGAUAUUUAAACAAUAUUUGCAAAGUUGUUUCAUUUAUGUUAUAAAAUAUGUAAAAUAAAAUGGUGUACAAGUAAAAGUUGUUCAAUUAUCACCAUAAUCACAAUUUCUAUUAAUUAAUAAAUUAGUGAAAUCAAUUAGUAAGAAAAUACUUUAUGAUUAGUAUAUAUAUUAUCGCCAAAUUUUUAUUACACCAUCCAUUGAAGCAGAGACUAGAAAUGCUUGACCUGCUUGAAGAACAGUUAAAUCAGAUAUAAUAUUCUUAUGUCCUUUGGUUGAUUCACGUAAUUCUAAACGUCCUGACACAGGGAAUGCACUAUUUGAUACUUCUGUUAUAUUACUUGAUGAUUGUAAUUUUUGUGAUAUUUCUGUGUACAUUGUUUUUGUUAACAAACUACUUGAUGUAUCACUAACGGAAGAAGUAUCAGUUUGUUCAAUCAAAACAUAGACAUCAUUUACAUAUGUUGACCUAUUAACAAUAGAAGAAAAUGAUCAUUUUUCUGGAAAGCUUUUUUAAAAGAAAUAUAUAUAGUAUUAGUUUA